AUGGCAGCUUGGAUGCCACAAAAUAUACAAAAACGGCUGUUGCGCUACGUGUUGCAACAGCUGUCUUUGUUUGCGGAGAUUGACCUUCCCAAUUUAGAUGUCUCUCUUGGGACCAACUCCAAGGUGCAUCUUAAGGAACUUCAGUUAGAUCCUGAUAAGGUCGAUAUCCCAAAUUUUUACCUUCGUAAUGGAGUGGUCGAUGAUAUGGACUUGACUCUCACUUUAUCGAAUGGUGUCAACAUUGAAGCAACGGGUGUCAACCUAACUCUGGCUCCUUCUAUGACAAAUGGAGUAGAUUUUGACCCUGGAAAGCUAUCAUUUUCCCUUUAUCAAAGCACUGCUGAUUUGGCCACUUCAGUCUUUUUCGUUGACCAAGACAACAAUGAACUUCCCAAGACAGAUAAAGAAUUGGAUGAUGAACAUGAUUCUUCAAAAAAUGUGGCUAAUGAUGAUGAUUCAAGCCCACUUGCUGAUAAAGAGAACCCCAAACAGCCAAGCAAAAUGGGUAACAUGAUGGCCAAGGCUGUAGAAAUGGCCCUUUCUAGGCUCCAGGUUCAGUUAAAAGAUAUCAAUCUGACUAUUAUAACAGACGAAAGUACGUUUCAGAUCUGCAUUGAAGAAGCAUCUUUUGAUACUACGGAUGGGGUUAGAAAAAUUGAAUUUAAAGGAGCUGAGUUAAGUGUUUUAAAGCCUUCAGUUUAUCCUGGAGAUCAACCCCAAGGUGAAUCACAAGAUGAUAGUGAAGACGAUGAUUCGGUUGAUGAGAGUAGUUCCUUUGAUUCACAUCCAACAGAUUUCAUGUCGUCAUCGUUUAUAGGAAGCAGAGAGGAACUUGAAAACAGUAUGCUCAACUCACAAAGUUCUGUCUAUAUGAGUGCAACCUCCAAACUACUUACGAAACCGAAGCAUUCAACCCGUCAUCCAUCUGAAACAAAACCUUCGGUUACACUAGGACACGUUAAUGAAGGUACGCUCACGUUCGAAGGGUUACAAAGUUUUGAAAAUGUAUCCAUCAUUAUUGACCAAAUUCACGUUGCAGUGAGUCCGAUUCCCGAAUCUCUAACAGCAUUACUGGAAACACUAUCCAAGAGACUUAAAAUUUUAAGAGUUCACUCUGCAAAGUCCAAGACAAGUAACACAACUACAUAUACAUUCAGCUCUAAAGAUGGGCUACAAGAGGAACCAGAGUUUUCUGAUCAAAUCAGUACUAGCAGCUCGACUGGCUUCAAAGAGUUGAAAAUUAACGAAAUUGUGAUUUCUUUAAAUUCAGCACUGGGAAAGAAUGGUGCUUUUGCAAUAGAUAACUCACUCUGUCUUAGUAUCGAAUCUCUUGAAUUAGCAAUGGUCUCUGAAGGUAAUCUCUCCGGAACACUAAAGACUCUGAAAAUGAAUAAGUCUGAAACUAGUGAAGUGUUUUCCUUCCAGCCAGGUUCCAAUUACGAUGUACGAUUUGAAAUGAUCCUUGACGAUGAUAAUGACCUUUACAAUAUUACUAUACUAUGUCCAAAGCCUGGGGUGUUCAAUCUCAAUGAAGAGGUAUUGAACCAUUUGUUAUCAUUUUGUUCGAAGAUACCAAGUACGUUACAUUCGUUGCAAAGUUAUCAGUACCAGAAAGCAAAACUGGCAUCGCUUUCCAACCCACAGUCAAACUCAAAUAAUGAUCAGGAAAAUGAAAUUUAUUUACAAACGGCAUCUUUUGAAUUCAUUUUACAGUUAACAUCCUCUGACAAAGUGAAAUUAACUUCCUUUCCUCUAUCAUUUAACUCUAAUACCGGAGUUAUAGAAGUAGAGAGAAUAGUAGUAGAGCGUAAAUUCAAGGAAAAUCAAGUACAAGGAGACCCUCCCUCUCAAGAUAGAUUUAAAAUGCAGCCUCAUAAGUCAACAAACUCUGGAUGCCUAACUUGCCGCAAAAGACAAGUCAAGUGUGACGAACGCAAGCCGUUUUGUCUAAACUGUGAAAAAAGCGAACAGAAGUGUACUGGUUUUACCCAUUUAUCCAAAGAUCUCCCUUCCAGUUCCUCUUCUCUCAGUUCAGAUGACUCUUAUAAAUCGAUACUAUUAAUCAAUGGUCUGAAAACUUAUCUAUUCAAGAAGCCGAAGAAGGUGAAAACUUUCGAUAAAUCUGGAAUCCAAUGUUCGUAUUUGUCGCCUAAUGCUUCGGAAAUUGAACUGAUUGAGCUAGAAAUGACAAUGUCAGAUUUUACUUCUUUGAUUGAUUCGUUGGAGCUUUUUUUUGAGCAGCUGAAAGUUGUGAAUCAUCCGAAGAUGGAUAUAGCUAAGGAGAAAACAGUUUUCCGGACCUCAUUCAACUCCAGAAAUCCUGUCAGGAAUCCCAGGGCUCUUGGUUCCCAAACAGGGGCAAUGUUUUCCCAUUCGUCACUAGUCUCAUUUCUUAGAAUAAACUCUGUUUCAUUUCUUUUGAAAGAAGCUUUGAAUGGAUUUGGUGAUGUCUCUGGUAGAAUAAAGUCUAUUAAUUGUAACUUUCAUGUUAAAGGCUUUCAAGACUUUUUUGUUGGGAGCUUAGACGUUGCUAGAAUCCACAAAUUAUCGUCCCAAUUGAUACUGGAGAAAGUUGAUGCUCCAGGAAACAAAAAACCAAUGCUAAUUGCUAGGUUGAAAUCAUCGUCUCUGACGAUCCAACUGGCUGAUUGUCUUGCUCAUUAUUACGGUGAAUGGUUCUCAUUCUUGCACCAAUGCAAUAUGAAGGAAAGGGAAAUUGUGAAGCGCCAAGAAGAUAUUGGUCCCAAAGAUAGAGCUCGUGAUUCAAACAACUUUGUCAUCAGUCUCCACCUAAACAAUAUAAUUAUUGAAUUGAAUCCAGUAAGCUUGAAAAGUAAAGCUGUUUUGUUCAUCAAGAAAGGAUGUGGAACUGUGACUUUUGGUUCUCAAAGACUUUCAAUCUCAUCGUCUCUAACUGAGAUUACGCCCUUACUGAUAGAUGAUACAAAGAAUCUAAAGAAUGAGAUAAAACUGGAUUCAAAAAACUCACAUCCUUUGGGUAAUUCUUUCUUGCUGUUGCUUAUGGACAUGGGAUAUAUCUCUAUGGGGAUGCUUUCCUCGGUCUCCGUUUCUUUUGAAACUGAGAGCAGCGCAUCUCUGAUAGCACCUGUUAAUGUAAAUGUUAUGUGUGAUACUUUACGUCUCGAUAUAUGUGCUGACUCCUUACAGUGUUUGCUUAACUUAAUCAAAGAUUUAAGACAACCGAUAAUAGUUCCAUUUGAACAAAAGUACAGGACACAACCUGAAACUCCUUUGGAUGCUCUUAAAGACGUUGACUUUGAUGCAUUUCUUCCACAGAAAACAAAAGACUCAAAUAAUGUUGCUGCGACAAAAACACGUACCUUUUCAGAAACAGCGUUGAAUGGUGCAUUCAGACCAAAAGUGUAUUCGGACGGUUCGUUGGAGAUAAUUGAUAACUACUACGAACAUGAAUCUGUGAAUCAAGGGUUAGACAAUCGCACUUAUGGGGAUCUUGAAGUCUUUGAAGAGAACUCCGAAGAUGACAUUUCUUUGGAAAACUCUCUCAACAUGAAACAUGAUCACUUUUACCAUACUUCUUUUAUGGAUAAUACAAGAAACACAGAACAUGUGCCUUUCAAACUUAAUCUUAGUGUUGAAGCUGUAUACAUCAGGUUAUUUGAUGGUUAUGAUUGGAAGGAAACUCGAGUAUCGAUUUUGAACGCAGUGCGAAGAGUUGAAGCCAAAGCAGCUGCAGAGCUUUCCAGAAUUGAGAAGAUUAGGAAUACCAAGUUGCGGAGAGAUUCCUCAGCCUCCAACUCUGGUAAUGAAGGCUCUCUUCAAACUGAUGAUGACUCUGCCACGAGUGGUUCCGUCUCGGAACCAGUGAUAGAAGAAACCCUUUAUCAAUCCAUACAUUUAUCCCUCCCAGUUGGAAUGGAGCCAACUUUGUUAGCUGAAAGGGUCAACAAUGAUGUAAACUUCAAAAGAGCUAGUUCAGAUUCUCUAGACAAGACACAGUCUCCAAGUUCUGUCAGUUCAAAGUCGCAGGUAUCGUCUCCACAAACUAGACGCCUGAAACUCAAGAGGUCCACUUUUCAUAAAGUUGCCUUGGAAUUACGAAAUCUGAGCAUAACUUUCAAGCUGUUAAGUUCUUUUGAUCCCACAACAAUCAAAAAUAAAUCGAGUAUUCGAAAUCCCAACUCAGCAGAGAUUGUCAAUAGAAUUUCUGUUGAGGUGGAUGAUUUCUUAAUUACUGAUAAUAUUCCCACCUCAACAUGGAAAACAUUUGUAACAUAUUUGAAGGAAGCUGGGUCUAGAGAGUUGAAUUCAAAGAUGGUCCAUCUGGAUAUUGCUACAAUUAGACCCACUAGGUUGUUGGCCACUACAGAGAUGAGAAUAGAGACUAACGUGUUACCAUUGAGGCUAUAUGUAGACCAAGACACCCUUGACUUUUUGACUAGGUUUGGAGAGUUUAAGGACUUGAGGUUUGUUCCUCAAGUGGUCGAUGACGAUGAUCUUUUUGUGUCUAAACUUCACGUUUUCCCAGUUCGUCUAAAGUUAGAUUAUAAACCCAAGACGGUUGAUUAUGCAGGAAUAAGAUCUGGAAAGACUAGUGAGUUUAUGAACUUUUUUAUACUUGAUGAGGCUUCAAUGGUUCUUCGAGAUGUUGUACUGUAUGGGGUUAAAAUAACCAAGUUAAAUCCCAUACUAAACGGAAUAUGGACACCUGAUAUUACUCGCAAUCAACUGAAAGGUGUUCUUUCGGGGUUAGCAUCUAUCAACUCGGUUGUUAAAAUUAGCUCCGGAUUCAAGGAUUUAAUUGCUAUUCCUAUGGAAGAGUAUCGUCGAGAUGGAAGAUUGAUUACUGGAGUACGGAAGGGGGCCUUUUCAUUUGCAAAGACCACAGGAAACGAACUACUGAAGCUGGGAGUCAAGCUGGUGGCUGGAACGCAAACCAUUCUUGAAAAUACUGAGCAAGUUUUGGGUGGUGAAGGAAAUCUGGCUAGAAUGCCAGUUCAGGUUAAAGAGAGGAAACAACGAAGAGAUUCUGAUGAGGGCAACUUCUAUGUCAUUACCGAUCGUCAAACAUACGAGAGAAAUUUGAAAAAGACAUCAAUGAACGAGUCUAUCAUUGGGAAGACCUCGCUACGGGAAGCCAAUCGUUUUGAUGAAGAGUACGAUGACGACGACGACGAUGAAGAUGAUUUAGUGAAUAAAAUUAAACCGCACUUAAGGAACACUAUGUUGGAUAGCCAAUUGUUUCUGGAUGAUAACGAGAUUGAAGAUGAGUACGAGGAGCAAGAGACCGACGAGUCUCAAAAAACUAUCAGCUUAUAUGCCAACCAGCCUACUACCAUGAAGGAAGGGCUGCAACUUGCGUACCAGUCGUUUGGUAGGAAUAUUGACUCCGCUAAGCGGGCUAUAUCCAAAGCAAGCUCUAAGGUAUCAGAGGACAACCGUACAUCUAAUAUUGCAUAUGAGGUGAUGAAAGCAACUCCUGUGGUUGUGCUACGACCCAUCAUUGGAACAACAGAAGCUGUUUCAAAAGCAUUAUUAGGUGGGCUUAACCAAUUCGAUCCAGAUAAUAGGAGCAAGUCUGAGGAUAAAUACAAACAGUAA